CACCGCCAUAUUCAGUUUUCGUCUUUCUCAUGCUCGCACAGAAGAGAAAAGGUGCUUAUAAGAAGAGUCAAGGUGGCAGUGAACGAAAAGAUUCUUUGCUCUCCUAUUGUCUAUAUUAACUUUUCCAGUACAAUCCAACCUCAAGACGCUACGAACCUAGGCAAUUACACCCAUCAGCCAACACCAUGACUGCUCUCAAGACCAACAUCCUCCUCCUCGCCACGCUCUUCACAAAGCUAGCCACCGCUCAGCCAAACGAAGACAUCGUCAUCCCCAGCUCCUUGCCCGGCUGCACGUCUACCAUAACACUCACACAAUCUCGCCUCUCAACUCCCCCCUUCUGGGCGCAGUGCUCCUGGGAUGGAACUAUGACCGUAUAUCCGUCCACCGUCACGAUUGAUGAUCCGGUGGAUUGCCAUGGAUGCACGGAUGUUCGCGUCACGGCGGUUCCUAUGGUGCAUUGUCCAGCUAUGAUUAUUUCGACGGUGGUGCAUGUGGCGACGCCUUCGACGAGUUAUCGCACUGUUUGCGCGGUGACUCCUACUCCUACGGCUUGAGUUUGAUGAGUUUGAUAAUGGGAAAGUAUCGGUGUUGGGGUGGGGGGAGAUGGCGGCUGUUUAAAUUUUGAGGAGGAGGGUGGAAAGUGUAGGGAGGCGUGGUGGAGAGAUGGUAGUGGGUAUCGCUUUUCGGGAUGGGCUUUUGUUAAUUGGCCUUUUGUACGGAAGCUUUUGCUCGAGUCAUACCCGGAUUAUGUUAUUUUAUCAAAUUGUAUCAAAUGGGUGAUCCCAAACCUACAGGAAUAUAUACGGGCCCUUGUUAUGAAAGCCACUACAUGUAUGUUUAUAUACGUCAACCUCUUGAUGCAGUCUACAUCUACAUGGUAUGAACUCUAUUAAGC